AUGUCGUCAAAGGAGACUUCAAAGAGCAAGGACAAGGAUAAGUCCAAGGUUCACAAGCUCUCCCUUAAGGGAAGCGCUCGUCUUGUCGCUGAAUUCUUCCAAUACUCUAUUCACAGCAUUCUCUUCCAACGAGGAGUCUACCCAGCAGAGGACUUUACAGUCGUCAAGAAAUAUGGCCUCAACAUGCUAGUCUCGGCCGAUGACCAAGUAAAGGCAUAUAUCAAGAAGAUCAUGUCCCAGCUCGACAAGUGGAUGGUAGGCGGCAAGAUCUCCAAGCUUGUCAUUGUCAUCACAGAUAAAGACACAGGCGAACACGUGGAACGCUGGCAAUUCGAUGUCCAAAUCUUCGCACCCGUCAAGAAAUCCAAGUCCUCAAAAUCCGCCUCCAAAGAACAAGAAAACGCUGCUUCAGCAGGGGCUGCUCCCACAGCCCCCGAAAAGACAGAAACUGAGAUCCAAGCCGAAAUCGCCGCCAUCUUCCGUCAGAUCACCGCAUCUGUUACUUUCCUGCCCCAACUAAACGGCGACUGCACUUUCAACGUACUCGUCUACGCGGACGCUGAUAGCGAAGUUCCUGUUGAAUGGGGUGACUCGGAUGCUAAGGAAAUAGAGAACGGCGAGAAGGUGCAGCUGAGAGGCUUCAGUACGGCAAACCAUCGUGUCGAUACCUUGGUCAGCUAUCGAUUCUCGGAUUAG